UAUAAAUGGUACGAAGCGACCGUUCUCCAGGAACACAAAACGCCGAACCGACGACCGGGUCUCACUUCUGGUACGAGCGAGUACUGGCGUAGAACAGCAGCGCUCUUUUCCACCAGGAACAAGGAACGAGAAGCGGGGAAACCGGCGCAGAGCACACGGCCCUGGAGAUCGUCAUGAGAGGCUUGAUUCUCCUGUUGGUCACGGCGGUGACCUGUAGAGCCGGUUACGUCGGCCCACCGUCGCCGUACGGCAACCCCUUGAUCCACUCUCAACCCCAGCGAGUCACACCGAGCUACGCGCCGCCGGCUCCGGUCGGCGAAGACGGCAACGUCAUCGACACGCCGGAAGUGGCACAGGCGAAGGCCGCGCACUUCGCCGAAUUCGCGAGAGCCGCCGCCCGAGCGGCCGUAGACGAGAAGCAGCAGCAGCACGUCUACCCGGCGACCCAGCCGACCGCGAUGCCCUACCUGAGGCAGAACGAUUAUCAGCAGCCCACACCGAUCUACCAGGCCGUGAAUCACGUGCCGACGUCCAUCUACAACCCGCUCAACUAUCAGCAACCCCAGCAAUACGACGGCCGAGCGAACUUCGUGGGCCAGAAGAACUACGCGCUGCCACCGAAGCCCACCGCCUUCGUGCCGGCGCCGUUGGCGGAGGACGGCACGGUCGUGGACACGCCGGAAGUGGCGGCCCUCAAGGCUGCCAGGCUGGCCGAGCUCGCCGAGGCUGAGGCUCGAGCUUACAAGCACGCGAGCACGCAGCAGCACAAUCCGGAGGAGAACCACAGUUACUCCGCGCCAUCGGCCGGACCAGCUUCUGUCUCAAACUAUCUAGGAUCCGGUGCUGCUGUAGCGAGAGGCUCGUAUUACGGAACACAGUCUUACACGAAUUACCAGCCCUAUCAUUAUCAAUCCCAGCAUCCGAUAGGAAAAUCCGUGUCGCAAACGAGCGUGACGACGACGACGACCAUGAGAUUACUCGUUCUCCUGAGCGCGACGAGCCUGUUGAUCGGUAAAUCACAACAGACACCGCUGUACGACUACCAUGGACCAUGGGCGCCUCUUGCCAACGACGGUACGGUCAUAGAUACGCCCGAGGUUGCCCAAGCCAAAGCCGAGCAUUUGGCCGCAUAUGCAGCUGCAGAUGCCAGAGUCGCGGAAACUCUGAUCGAGCUGUCACCGACCACGAGAUCGGCCACGGCAGAACCACUGGAAACAAACCGGGAAAUGACGCAACGGGAUGACAGUCAGAAAUCGGUGGCGCCUCUGGGGCAGAAUGGACAGGUGGUCGACACACUGGAGGGAUCAAUUUUCAAGGUCGCCGCAGCCAAGGCCAAGCAUCUGGCGACACAUGCUCGCGCGGCCGCGACGGCGACUUCGGAUCACGAAUUGGACGCCUACGAGCACGGGAACCUGCUCUAUCUGAUCCGCUUGGUAUCGCCGAUCGCUUAUCGGGGACCACCUGCUCCGUUGGGCUCGGACGGCCAGGUCGUCGACACACCGGAAGUGACGGUGGCCCGCUCGGCGCAUAUGAAAGCUCACGCGCGCGCCGUCGCGCUUACGACCGGCUACAACGUCCACUUUGGCGUGCGAGUAGGGAUCCGCGUAAGACAGAUGAGCGAGCUUGGAGAGCGCUUCCGCAUGGGCGGCCAAGUAGUCUUGAUCUCGACCGUCGCAGUAACUUUAGCAACAUCGGCGUAUUAUCAUGGUCCACCUGCGCCCAUCGGUCACGAUGGGAGAGUAUUGGACACGCCGGAAGUAACGCGUGCUAAAGCGGCGCAUCUCGCUGCCGUGGCGGAGGCCGCUGCCAAAGUUCCGCAUAGUUCCUCCUACUCGGACAAUCAAAAUUAUCACGGAUAUUCGAAACCUGUAACGGCGGGUCAUCAGGUGUACCAUACUGGAUACGGAUAUCGCGGACCGCCUGCUCCGUUGGAUCACGAAGGUCGCGUGGUGGACACGCCGGAAGUGGCUCGAGCGAAAGCCGCGCACUUGGCGGCUUACAAUCACGCAGCUUCCUCGGCACCUCUCGUGGCCGGCGAGGAUCACUCGGAAUAUUACGAUUCACCGUCGUACGGUUAUCACGGCCCGACCGCACCCUUAUCCCACGACGGCAGGGUCGUCGACACCCCCGAAAUCGUUCUUUCCGCACUGUGCGCCAUCGUGGCCGCGAGGCCGACUUAUCUGUCUUAUCACAUCGGCCUGCCGCUCAGCCCAGACGGCAAGAUCCUGGACACGCCGGAGGUGGCUCAGGCGAAAGCGGCGCAUCUCGCCAUUCAGGACUACGAGGCCGCCAGGAACACAGGAACGCUCGGCUACAGAUAUGCUUUUGCUGUUUAUCCACCUGCAAUCACGUACGGCGCGCCCAUCGGCGCGGACGGACGGGUGGUAGACACACCUGAAGUCGCGCAGGCCAAGGCUGCCCAUCUCGCCGCUCACGCCCAAGAAGCUGUCAAGACAGUCGGACUUCCCUACGGUGCCCUGAGUACUUCGUGGCCUUAUUCUUACGGUUACGCCCCUCUUGGACCCGACGGCAGAGUGAUAGAUACCCCCGAAGUGGCGCUGGCAAAGGCCAAGCACUUAGCCAUAUCCGCUCAAAGUGUUAACUGA